CUGAUCAAUUCUACGGUUGAGAGCAGGGUGGCAGAAGUUCCUGGGAACCAAGAUCAGGGCUCAUUUUGUGGGAAUACUGAAGGAAGUCAUGGAACAGCAAAUGAGAUUCAGAACCUGGAAGAUAUUUAUUCACUGAGGCACCAGUGCCCCAGGUGUCCACGAGGAUUUCUUCAUGUUGAAAAUUAUCUGCGCCACCUUAAGAUGCAUAAACUGUUCUUGUGCCUACAGUGUGGGAAAACAUUUACACAGAAGAAAAAUCUCAACCGGCACAUUCGAGGGCACAUGGGCAUACGGCCCUUUCAGUGUACUGUGUGCUUGAAGACAUUUACCGCUAAAAGCACGUUGCAGGACCACUUGAACAUACAUAGUGGGGAUCGGCCAUACAAAUGCCAGUGUUGUGACAUGGAUUUCAAGCACAAAUCUGCCCUGAAAAAGCAUGUGACCUCUGUGCAUGGCCGGAGCAGUGGUGAAAAAAAUACCUAUUCAUGAUCUCAAAAAACAAAAUCUAUUAUAAGUAGAAUCACACCUUGCUAUGGAAGUUAUGUUAGGCAAGUCUUUCUAUAGAAAUGCAACAUUUGUAAUAUUGUUUUCCUCCUCAUCUUUGGGUCUUAUUUUUGGUCUGCCUGUACAGUAUUCUUUCUGAACUUAAACUAAGAGUUCCAAAGUGUGGGAGACAUGAUAAAGCUGAUGGAAUGCUAUCUCACAUCUUGUGUUAUAUAAGUCCCAGUUGUAUACCUAGAGAAAUACU